UAACUGUCUAAAAGUUAACUAAGUAUUUUAUGGAAACUGGUUACAAAACUCGAACCGCUUUUCACUCGUGUAACACUUCAAACAUUGACUGGUUUUGAUGUAAAAGUGGCGCUCAAUUCGAGAAACCAACUAUUAAAUUUAAACCAAAUAACCAUUCAAAGUUGCAGUUGAAAAGAAAACGAUCGGGCCAGUAGCAAUUCGCGAAGUUUUGUGAAAUGCUUCAUUGAUUAGAUCUAAUUAUAACCAGGGUGUAAUUUUUAGAGAAUCGCUUCUUAAAAAUCGAUCACGUUCUUCAAUUCGACGAAAGUUAGUUGUACAGCAAGAUUAAGCCAAAUAGAAAACUAAUUAAAUAAUGAUCUCUAGAAAUCGCAGUCAUGCCUAACCGUACAACUCUAGUUAGACUAGUUCUCUCGAACAGGGGAGUACAGAAAAAGAGAUGUACAACACGCGUGCGCUUCACUGGCAACAGUCAUCGUGCAUGUGAGUGCGUGAGUGCUCUGUUUACAUUUUACUGAGAACAAGCAUAAGUGCCUUUUUCUUCUCGCCUACAUUUGACAAUCAUUGCUGCCAACUGCCCGGUGAAAUCCGUCGUGAAAUUUUGUUCGUGCGUGACAGUCCCAUCGAGAAACAAAAAUAGUAAAUAAUAGUGCGAAAAAUGUCUUACAACAGGCUUCAUAGGGUGUUUUUGUACAGUUUUGCCAUCUGCCUUUUCGUAACGUUUGUAACUAUCGCUGCCAAAGUGUUUCCCAUUGCCAAUCUACCCACGGGCACGAAUAUAAUUAUUAUUGGCACUUGUCUGGCUAAUUUGAUUUCCGUCGCAGCGUUGAUAGUCGGAAUUGUGCUGAAACGGCCCGCUCUGGUGAAAGCUGUUAAAAUAUUCAGCUACGUGCAGCUGGGUGCUAUUUUCGUCCUGAUAUGCCUGGCGGUGGUUCUACUCUACAUUACCCGGGUGGAUGUCCAACACUACAACGAGAAGGUGCAGCAUGAGCUGUGAUUUUAUACGCAGCAAAUCGAGAAACUCUAGUGUGUGCCUGUACAUAGAAUGAUGGCGAAACUAUAAAUGUGUCUAUCAUAUACUGACUGAAAUAUUAUAUUGAUGUAGUAGGAAAUGGUAAACUUUUUGAUAACACCAAAUAAAUGUAUAAGCACUGGUUGAA